AAAGAAAACAAAAGAAAAAGAAAAAGAAAAAGAAAAGGAAAAGAAAAAGAGAAGGAAAAUCACAAAAGUUACACGAAACUUGCGAAAUAAAAUUUCCUUUGUAAAUUUCCAAAAUACCCCUGAUCCAUCCAUUUCUCAUCCUACUUGAAAAUUUUAAUGUCUGAAUUCUGAGUAGCCUCUCCUUCUGUCGGUCUAUCUCAAUCUCUGUGCGUGAUGGAGCCAGAGAGGAACCAAGAUCAUGGUCUUCCCGAGAGGAAGGGGCAGAAGCGGAAACUAGAGGAGGAGAUCGAAGAGGAGCAGCGAGAGAUCUCGGCAGCUGUCCCCUUCGGCGAUGCGCGGCAAGCGCUGCUAUACGAGGUGGCUGCACAGGUUAAUAUCCUCAACACGACCUUCUCAUGGAACGAGGCCGAUCGAGCUGCUGCAAAACGCGCUACUCACGUCCUUGCGGAGUUCGCCAAAAACGAGGAAUUAGUGAACGUAAUUGUUGAAGGAGGUGCAGUUCCAGCUCUCGUUAAGCAUCUUCAAGCUCCACCAUCUAGCGAAGCUGACCGUAAUCAAAAGCCGUUUGAGCACGAGGUUGAGAAGGGGAGUGCUUUUGCGCUAGGUCUGCUUGCUGUGAAGCCAGAGCAUCAGCAACUCAUAGUUGACACUGGGGCGUUGUCGCAUCUUGUGGACCUGUUGAAGAGGCACAAGGAUGGUUUGAGUUCUCGGGCUGUGAAUAGUGUAAUUAGAAGGGCUGCUGAUGCUAUUACCAAUCUUGCUCAUGAGAACAGCAACAUUAAGACUCGUGUUAGGAUGGAAGGUGGUGUUCCACCUCUAGUUGAAUUGCUUGAAUUUGCUGAUACAAAGGUUCAAAGAGCAGCUGCUGGGGCUCUACGAACUCUGGCUUUUAAGAAUGAUGAGAAUAAAAAGCAGAUUGUUGAAUGCAAUGCUCUUCCAACUCUCAUUCUAAUGCUACGAUCUGAGGAUGCUGCUAUACACUAUGAAGCAGUUGGUGUGAUUGGAAAUCUUGUGCAUUCAUCCCCAAACAUAAAGAAAGAAGUCCUUGCUGCUGGUGCUCUGCAACCUGUUAUUGGUUUGCUUAGCUCCUGCUGCUCUGAGAGCCAGAGAGAAGCUGCUUUGUUGCUUGGACAAUUUGCUGCAACGGACUCUGAUUGCAAGGUGCACAUUGUACAAAGGGGUGCAGUUCAACCUUUGAUAGAGAUGCUACAGUCCCCUGAUGUACAACUGAGGGAAAUGUCAGCUUUUGCAUUGGGGAGGUUGGCACAGGACUCACACAACCAAGCUGGUAUAGCUCACAAUGGUGGCUUAGUUCCGUUACUGAAGCUUUUGGACUCAAAAAAUGGAUCUCUUCAACAUAAUGCUGCAUUUGCUCUAUAUGGUCUUGCAGAUAAUGAGGAUAACGUGUCCGAUUUUAUUAGGGUGGGAGGUGUUCAGAAGCUUCAGGAUGGAGAGUUUAUUGUUCAAGCGACAAAAGAUUGUGUAUCCAAGACUUUGAAAAGAUUAGAGGAAAAAAUUCAUGGACGAGUUUUAAACCAUUUAUUAUAUCUAAUGCGUGUAGCAGAGAAGGCUGUCCAACGGCGUGUUGCUUUAGCUCUUGCACAUCUUUGUUCCCCAGAUGAUCAGAGAACCAUAUUUGUUGACAACAAUGGAUUGGAGUUACUUCUGGGGCUUCUUGGCUCUACAAACUUAAAACAACAACUUGAUGGAGCUGUAGCUCUCUACAAGUUGGCAAAUAAAGCAAUGACUCUUUCUCCUGUGGAUGCUGCCCCCCCUUCUCCAACACAAAAGGUAUAUUUAGGAGAGCAGUACGUGAACAAUGCUACAUUGUCAGAUGUCACCUUUCUAGUUGAAGGUAGACGGUUCUAUGCACAUAGAAUUUGCCUACUUGCUUCUUCAGAUGCAUUUCGUGCAAUGUUCGAUGGAGGUUACAGGGAGAAGGAUGCAAGGGACAUUGAAAUUCCAAACAUUAGAUGGGAGGUUUUUGAGUUAAUGAUGAGAUUUAUAUACACAGGAUCAAUAGAUAUUUCAUUAGAUAUCGCACAAGAUCUCCUUAGGGCUGCAGACCAGUAUCUGUUGGAGGGGCUCAAGCGACUCUGUGAGUAUACCAUAGCACAGGAUAUAUCCCUGGAAAAUGUUGCAAGCAUGUAUGAACUUUCGGAAGCUUUCCAUGCUAUUUCAUUAAGACACACCUGCAUUUUGUUUAUCUUGGAGCAGUUUGAUAAAUUAAAUGCUAAGCCCAGGCACUCUCAUUUGAUCCAGCGGAUUAUACCUGAGAUUCGCAAUUACUUUACCAAAGCACUUACCAAAUCUAACCCUCAUAACUUGCGGCUGUAGAUGGCUGGUAUUUGAUUCUUGAUGUCUAACUAGAUAAUGUUGUACAGAAAGUGGUAGAUCUCAUUGGUGUCUCUAGCCAUUUGACGGACCUUGCAGUCUGGUUAAUAUGGCUUAUAAUCAUCCCUGGUGCUGGAGUGCUGUUGCGUCAUGGUAUCCAUUGUAACGCCAUUUCCAUUUUCUUGGAUGUUUGACGGGGUAUGGUCUUCGCCAACAUUAUUCUUUUCUUGUAUUGUUAUGUAUCCUAUGACUCUUUUAGCGAGUUGGCAUUCGGUGAGAAGAGUUGAUUUCUUGGAAAAUUUGGGGCAGAAUUUCAGCCCCAUAAUCUAAUCGUUUUUCUCAUGGACUGGGGUCAUUGAAUAUAUUUCAGCCCUAGAAAGCAUUGCUUUAUGUGAAGGGAAAUUGCCAAAAAAAAAAAAAAAAAAAAAAA